ACUUCUGCUCCAGACCGCUUCCCGUUCCAUCCUGUUUGGCACCAGGCUGGAUCCACAACUGCUCGAGGGCCUGGAAACCCGCCACGGACACAAGCAGAGUGAUAAAACUCCAUAAAAGAAGAAGUAAAGGAUCCUAUGACAGAAAAUGACUCACAACAGCUUGCUGUCCCUGGCCUCACUGAUGCUGCUGACCCUGAUGUCGGUUCUUUCCCAAGAAUGCACCAAGUAUAAAGUGAACAGCUGCCAAGAUUGCAUCCAGUCAGGGCCCGGCUGUGCCUGGUGUAAGAAACCGGAUUUUACCAAAAGAGGAGAGCCAGACUCAAUUCGCUGUGACACUAAAGAGCAGCUCAUCCAGAGAGGAUGUGAGGAAGGGAACAUCAUGAACCCGAACAGCGUUGCCAUUCCAGAGGAGAGAGAGAUGCUCAACAAUCAGAAGCAACUGACUCCGCAAAAAAUGAGGCUCCAGUUGCGACCAGGUCAGGCAGCUGUAUUCAAUGUCACAUUUAAAAGGGCCAAAGGUUAUCCGAUUGAUCUGUACUAUCUGAUGGACCUUUCCUACUCCAUGUCUGAUGAUCUGCAAAACGUAAAGCGGCUGGGAGCCGACCUGCUGAAAGCCUUGAAGGAAAUCACCGAGUCGGGUCAGAUAGGGUUUGGCGCCUUUGUGGAUAAGACCGUGCUCCCCUUUGUCAAUACCCACCCGGAAAAACUGAAGAAUCCGUGUCCAAACAAGGAAACCAAGUGCCAGCCUCCUUUCGCCUUUAAGCACGUCCUGAAACUCACCGGGAAUUCAGAGCAGUUUAAAAACGAGGUCGAGAAAGAGUUCAUAUCCGGAAACCUGGAUGCCCCCGAGGGGGGACUUGAUGCGAUGAUGCAGGUUGCAGUGUGCGCGAAUGAAAUCGGCUGGCGCAACGUCACUCGUUUGCUGGUGUACACCACAGACGAUGGUUUCCAUUUUGCUGGGGACGGGAAACUUGGAGCCAUCCUGACCCCCAAUGACGGUCAGUGCCAUCUGGAGAACAAUUUCUACAAAAGCAGCAAUGAAUUUGACUACCCAUCGGUUGGUCAACUGGCACUGAAGCUGGCGGAAAAUAAUAUCCAACCUAUUUUUGCUGUUACCAAAAAAAUGGUUAAAAUAUAUGAAAAGCUCACAGAAAUCAUUCCAAAAUCUGCUGUCGGGGAACUGUCAGAGGAUUCCAGCAAUGUGGUCCAACUCAUUAAAGAUGCUUACAAUAGAUUAUCCUCUAGAGUCUUCCUGGAUCACAGCACUCUUCCGGACACUCUGAAAGUCACCUAUGACUCCUUCUGCAAAAACAGCAGUAUAAAAAAAGACCAACCUAAAGGAGACUGCGACAAUGUCAAAAUCAACGAAGAGAUUACAUUCCAAGUGAAAGUUGUAGCCACAGAGUGCGUCAAAAACCAAUCUUUCGUCAUCCGACCGCUGGGUUUCACGGACACCUUGACGGUGAAAGUCGAGUCCCAGUGCACCUGUCCGUGCGACGAAUCGAAAAGCGACAGGAAGCACUGCAACGACAAAGGCAACGUAGAGUGUGGGAUCUGCAGAUGUGAUUCGGGCUUUGUUGGAAAAAACUGCGAGUGUGAAACCAAGGGCAAAAGCAGCCAGGAUCUGGAAGUGAGCUGCAAGAAGGACAACGGCUCGGUCACCUGCUCGGGACUUGGAGACUGUGUCUGCGGGCAGUGCAUCUGCCACACCAGUGACACCCCCAACAAGCAGAUCUAUGGGACUUUUUGCGAGUGUGACAAUGUCAACUGUGAACGUUAUGACAUGAAGGUCUGCGGUGGAGAAGAAAGAGGACGCUGUGACUGUGGACAAUGCAAAUGCAAUUCAGACUACGAAGGGAGUGCCUGCCAUUGCAAGAAAUCGAUAGAAGGCUGUCUGAAUAGUAGAGGACGCGAGUGCAGUGGCCGGGGCAAAUGCAUAUGUAAUAUCUGCAAUUGUAAUACGGGUUAUAGGGCACCAUUUUGCGAAGAAUGCCACGGGUGCACAUCCCCAUGUGCCAAAUACAUCUACUGCGCAGAAUGCCUGAAAUUUGAAAAAGGUCCAUUCGAAAAGAACUGCUCUAAGGCAUGUUCCAAUAUCAAACUUCUAAAUGGAAAUACUCUAAACGGCAAGUCGUGCAGAGAAAAAGACUCAGAAAACUGCUGGUUGAACUACACCAUGAAGUUAAUGGACGGAGAAGAAUACUACAUUCAAGUGGAUGAAAAACGAGAAUGCAUCGCGGGGCCGAACAUCGCUACCAUCGUGGGUGGCACGGUGGCUGGAGUGGUACUGAUCGGCUUGCUGUUGCUCGCCAUCUGGAAAGCAGUGACCCAUUUCAAUGACCUGCGGGAAUACAAAAGAUUCGAGAAGGAGAAGUUGAAGUCCCAGUGGAACAAUGAUAAUCCCCUUUUCAAGAGCGCAACUACCACUGUUAUGAAUCCCAGAUUUACGGAGAAUUAAAUGGAUCUGCAGGAUGAAGAACUGAGGAGAAAUAAGAUCAUCUCCUGCAUCACCAAAAUGUCUAACCCUGACCCAUUAACUUGGUACUCUCUAAUAAUAGACCAGGCUUGUUUUUACCGUCUGCCUUGAAUCUCCAUCUGUUUCUCCCUGUUAGUGGUUCUGGAUAAUUCUGGAAAUGAGGAUUUGAGAAAGGGGCCGCCUAUCUGUAUAUCUGUACCAGGUAAAAACUCUGGGUUUCUGCAAACAUCGGUUUCUCUUUCACCUGGAAUAUUUGAUCAGUCUCAUAGUCUUAUCCUACCUGAAAAUCCACAUAUGUUUCAGGAGUUGCCUCUUCCCUCCGUUCUCCUUUCUUAUUUUAGAAAUCGGGUACUUCUCUCUUUCAGUAUUUGCCAAUGUGUGUGUUUCCUGGCCCAAAUCCCCCUCUCCUGAUUGUUCUUUCUAAAAAAGAAAUCUAAAACCAUUUUCCAAAACCUCAGCUUCAAGCUUGCUCAACCCAAACGUUAGCAUAGAGCUCAUGGAAAGCUGGUGGAAGCUAGGCCCAUGGAGGACUGUAGGAGUGUGGAAGAAAAACUUUACAGACUCUGUGUUGUGUUCAGAAAAAGGUACAUCAGAGACAAGUUUUGUUACUACUAGUGCUUCACCCGAUAAUAUUAGGGAGAGGCGUUGAGCAGGAGAGAUUCCCCUGCUAGCCAAGGCCAGCUCAACUUCAAGCAAUACAGAGCUUCUUUACAUACCAUUAGUACAGCAUUCAUAAUGAUCAGAACAAUACAACAGGAGAAAUACUGUAGGAUAGAAAAUGGAGAGUCCCUGGGGCAUUUUCUGUUUAGUCCUGGACCUCCUUAGAUAAGGUGAUAAGCAGGGCCAGAGGCUUGAUGGGUUCAAGGGCGUGUUUUUACCAUGUUGUAAUAUGCUUGACUGAAAUCGAGCUUGGCUACUCAAUCAUGAAACCAAGUUAUUGAGUUAGUCAUAUAGCCAAUUUAUUUGAGUCAAUCAAAUCACUGGGCUUGGCUUUUAGUAAAUCAACUAAGCAGGGAGUUUGGGUUAAUCAAACCACUGUGCUUGACUUGAUUGAAUCAAGUAACCAAGCCUGGAGGCAAUCAACCCUUCAGGUACACCCAAAGUGGCCGAGGAGGCCUAGUCAGAGGGAAAGGUCAGAGAGAAAGUAGGAUAAAUGCAGGACCUUGUCCAUUGUUCUUCCACAGGAGCUAGAUGUGAAUUUGUUAUUCCCUCAAGCAAAUAACCCUGUUUCCCAUGCAAAAACUGCUUACAUCCAACUGCUGAGGGGAGAAGGAAGCUGGGGUUUUGUUUGUAAGAGGGCUCAGGUUUGAAUCAGUUUUCCCAGCAAUUCUGAGGGAUUCUCCUGGAAGUUCCAUGUGAUUAGGUGCUGUACGUUGUUAUUUACUUCCAUUUAUGAACAUUUAAGUGGCUCAUUCUAACAGAAGGACUGAAUUGUAGACAGAGUUCGUCAUCACAAGUCUGGAAGUCAAAGGACCUAAAUUCUAAUCCCCGCUC